AUGGCAGCGGUCCAUCCGUCGUCUUCAAGUGCAAGGAGUGCAAUAACAGGCGGGUUUAAGGUGAGGGACAAAUUGGUGGGGAUAGCCAAGGAGGCAAUCAAGAUUGGAAGAGAUGAUCCCAGAAAACUGACGCAUUGUGUAAAGGUGGGAUUAGCUCUCACCUUGAUUUCUUUGCUAUACUAUUUCAACCCUCUCUAUGAUGCUUUUGGCCAAUCUGGAAUCUUGGCUGUCUUGACUGUGUUCUCUGUCUUUGAAUUCACAGUUGGUGAAACACUUUCCAAAUGCUUUAACAAUGUUUUAGCUACGCUUUUAGCAGCUUCACUGGGGAUUGGAGUUGUCUACUUGACCCAACUUUUAGGCCAAGUUGGUCAGCCCUUUAUCCUUGGCACAGUAAUCUUCAUUCUAGUUGCCUUGUCAAACUUGGCAAGAUUUUUCGAUCCAAUCGAAAACAAGUACAAUGAUGGAGUAAUGGUGUUUAUUCUCACUUUUAUCAUGAUUGCGAUUUCCGGUGACCGAGUGGAGAAAAUCUGGAAAAUGUGUUAUCAGCGGGUGUUAGCGGUGAUCAUCGCCAACGCCAUCUGCAUAAUCAUUUCAAUUAUUGUUUUCCCAGUUUGGGCCGCAGAAAAUCUACCAAACCUGGUUGCCGAUAAUAUAGACAAGGUUGCAAAAUCAUUGGAAGAGUUUGGGAAAGCGGAUGAGGAAAGUGUUGACAAGGCAUAUGAUGAUGACAAAGACUAUGAAGAUGUCAUAAACUCUAAAGACUCGGAGAAAUCUUUGGCAAUACAUGCAUGGUGGGAGUUUGAUCCAUGUGGUUUUGGAUUUGGUAACCCAUGGGACCAAUACAUAAAAGUGGGAGAUCUUGUUAGGGAAUGCGCUUCACAUAUUCAAUCACUUUCCUGCUUAGCCGCCUCUGAAUCUCAUCAGGCCCCUACGGAGUUGGCGAGGAGAAUGAAAGAAGCAUGCACGGUAAUAUAUUCAGAGUCAAUUAAAGCCUUAAGAGAGCUAUCAUCAACCAUAAAAACCAUGACGCAUCCAUCACCGGACAUUACAACCCAUCUGGAAAGCGCAAAGGCCGCCAUAGCUGACCUCCAGGCCUCCCUGCAGCUCGACGCCAACGCCCAAAACCUCCGGGCUCUCGACGAGGCGCUCAUUAUCAUCAAGCUCACCGCUGGGGUUGAUAAAAUCUGGGAAGCUACCCAAGAGCUCUCCGAAAACCCCCUGCGCGCGCCGCUCCACGACAGCCCAAGCGAUGACAAUUUCUCCACCCUACCGUGCUGA